AUGAUCGAUACUUUUGAAAUAACAAAAUUGUGUUUUUCUGAACACAUGAGCAGUCACCUAAUUAAAAUGGGAUCUUAUAAUAUUUUAUGUGACGUACCUUUAGAUAAGAAUGAAAUAUUAGAAAUUCGUGAGACCAUACCAAAGGAGAUUAAUAAAACCAAUGUUAUUUUGGAUAAUAAUAAUAAUAAUGAUGAAUAUUCGUCUUAUAAUUCUGACAAUAGACAUAAGGAUGGAUACAUAAAUAUCAGUAAUUUAGAAGAUUCUCCAUGUUUAUCAAAAAAAUUAUUAUUAAACAUAAGUUAUAUUCCUAUGAAGAUUCAUAUUAUAUUAAUUUCUUGUGUAGAAGGUUUUAUGGGUUUACCAAUAUUAUGUAAAUAUUUAGAUUUUAGAGAUACGCACAUAAUAUGUACAAAACCUGUAUUUACCUUUUCCAUGUGUGCUGUGGAAUGUUUACAAAAACAAGAGAAUUAUAUACCUGAAUGGGAUGAUGAAAAGAUCAACAUAAAAAAUAUGGAUACCUCCCAAAUAAAGAAUGAAGAUUAUUUUCAUACAAAAUGGAAUUUUAAAAAUUCCUUACAUCUAUUAUCUUAUAAAGAAAAUGUUUCAUUUAAACAGCAUGAUGAAAUAUUAAAUAUCACUCUAUGUAGUAGUGGCCACUCAUUAGGGAGUUCAAAUUUUUUUAUAUCAACAGAUUAUUUGAAUAUAUUUAUUAUAAAUAAAAGUUCUUAUAAUAUUAAAAGACAUACUUCUUCUUUUGAUUCAAGUAUGUUAAAUAAAUGUAAUUUCGUUAUAUUCACUUCAUUUUUAUUAUCCAAACAGUUACAAUAUUAUGUAGACCAAACAGGUCCUCAUUAUAAUAGCACAAGCUGUUCUCAACAAAAUAAGGUGAAUAUUAAUCAUAAUGAAACUAAUAGUAAUAAUAACAAAACAUGUGAUAAUAAUAAUAAUAACAAAACAUGUGAUAAUAGUAAUAAUAACAAAACAUGUGAUAAUAGUAAUAAUAACAAAACAUGUGAUAAUAGUAAUAAUAACAAUCCAUGUGAUAAUAAUAAUAAUAACAAUCUUAUUUAUAGCAACGAUGAGGCCGCGUUUUCUCCCAAAUCAUCCAACACAACACAGGCACAUAAUAUGAAACGAUUAAUAGUACAGAAAAUACAAUUACAUAUAGAAAAAUCAUACAAAGAUAGCUUAAACAAAAUAUGCUCACUUGUAUUAAAAACAAUAAAAAAUAAAGGAUGCGUAUUAAUACCCGUUGAUUUACAUUAUCUAUAUUUUAUAGAGCUAAUUGAAUUAAUUGGAGUUAUUAUAAGUAAACAUCUACCAAAAGAACAGCAAGUGUUGAUUUUUAGUGUUCUGUCAAACAUUCAAGAUGUCAUACAUCAAUUAAAUUUAUGUGCUGAAUGGGUCGAAGAAUCACGUAAAAAAAAAUGUAGUAAAAUAUUGAACCCUCAAGGUCCAUUUUCUAUAGAUAUUAUGAUUAAAAAUAAUAGAUUGAUUAUAGGAAAUAAUAUUAAUGAUAUAACUAAACAAUUUAGAUAUCCAUGUGUUUGUUUUAUACAUGACUCUUCAUUACGAUUUUCUGAAUCAUCAUUGUUAUUAGAAAAAUGGGCCAAUGAACAAAAUAAUACAUUAAUAUUAGUAGACCCUUUUUAUGAUCCUAUAAAAGUACUAUAUCCUUUUAAAAUAUAUGAAAAAAAAAUAAAUGUCCAUUAUUGUCCCCUUUCAUGGGAUCUUAAUGAAUUUCAUAUAAAAGAUAUAAUUAUGAGUAAUACGAAAAAUGUAAAUGUUACAAAGGAUACAUCUGGUAAGAAUAUAAAUAAUAAUAUAAAUAAUAAUAUAAAUAAUAAUAUAAAUAAUAAUAUAAAUAAUAAUAUAAGUAAUAAUAUAAAUAAUAAUAUAAAUAAUAAUAUAAGUAAUAAUAAAAGUAAUAAUAAAAGUAAUAGUAUUAAUAAUAAUGAUACACAUGUGUGUGUUUAUAUCAUGCCCGAAACAUGCAAGCAUAUUUUUACCGAUAUAUACGAAAUGUCAAAAAACGAACUACCAUUAACAUAUCAAAAUGUUACAAUUGAAAAACACAAUAAAAAUUAUAAUAAUCAUAAUAACCACAUAGACACAGAUCAAGACACAUUUCGCAAUAUUUUAUUCAUACAACCCUUUGAAAAAAAACAAAUAGCAUUCGAUAAAUUUGAAAAUUUCAACCAAAAAAUGAUACCUGUACGUUUUUCUCCAGGAGAAACCAAAAAAUUAGAAAGGAUUCUCAAAAAAGUAGACGAUUUUUUCUGUGCCAAUAUUAAAGCUCAAUAUACCUGCUCAUUCAUCGGGGACUAUAUAGAUGAAGAUCAUAUAGAAGAAUUUAAAGUAGAUGAACUAGAGGGGCAAAAUAAAUAUGAAAUAAUAAACGAUGAACAACAUGAUACUUCAAAUGAACAACAAAUUAAAUUAAUGGUGGGUUCUAUAAAUGUAGAUGUACUUAUAAGUAAUUUAUUACAUUCUGGAUAUAAUAAAAAUGACAUCCUGGUCGAGUAUCAACAAAACCAAGAAAAAGACACUGACACAAAUAAUAACGUUAUAUGGUCCAUUACAAUCAACUCUAUUAAAUCCAAAAUUAUUUGUCACGAUAAAUAUGAUAUUGAAGUCUGUACAAAUAAUAUAGAAUUUAGAGAGAAAGUUAAGAAGAUACUUUACAAAUUAGUAAACCAUAUAAUAGAAUGA